AUGCAGGAAAGCCGGUGGGACAUGGAUCAUCAGGUCGCCCAGCUUCGGGGCGAGCUGCGCAAGGUGCGCGACGAGCGAGACCGCGCGCACCGCGUCCUGGAGGUGACCGACUGGAAGGCGCUGGCUUCGGCCAAUGACCGCACCGCGAUUGAGACGCUCGAGGCCGAGCUCGAUGUGUCGCGGGAAUCCGAGAAACGGAUGCUCGACUCGCUGGCAACGCAGACGAAGCAGCUGGAGCUCACCAAGAUCUCGCUCGAGGAAGCCAAGCUCGAGAUCGCGUCCCUGCAGGAGACCGUCCAGAGGCUGGAGGCCGACAGAAGCCCCUUCACCACGACGCCGAGGAUCCGGCGCGACCGCGACAUGCAGAGGGUUCACGGCGAGCUGCGGGUGGCGCUGGCGGCGGAGGAGAAGAGCAAGAAGGCAAUGGAGGAGUUCGUGCUGGCGCUCAAGGAGGUGAGCGCGGAGCUGCACACGACGAAGCAGCAGCUGGCGCGCGCGCAGCACGAGGCGGAGUCGGCCAGGCUGGACGCCGACCGCCUGCACAUGUCGGCGAAGCGCAAGGACGAGAAGCUCCGGGCCCUGUCGGACGAGGCGGCGCGGCUCCGCGCCGAGGCCGAGGAGUCGUUCACCACGUGGCGGGGCAAGGAGGCCGGGUUCACGGCGUGCAUGAAGUCGACGGAGGCCGAGCUCGCCGAGGCGCGGCGCGAGAACGCGCGGCUCCUGGAGUCGCAGCGCUCCUGGCGGGCCGAGGUCGCCAAGCUACGGGACAUCCUGAAGCAGGCGGUCAAGGACACCAAGGUGGCGAAGGAGGCGCUGGAGGAGACGAGGAGCGAGAACGCCUUGCUCAAGGGCGUGCUCGGCGACAAGGACACCGCCGUGAAGUGCACGAAACAGGAGCUGGAGUGCCUCCGGAUCAGCGAGGCCGCGGCGCGCGACAGCGUCAAAGAGCUGCAGAGCAUGCUCGUGGCGACGUCGUCGAGCCCCACCGCCGCCGCGGCUGCAAAGCUGGACGCGGAGGAGAGCCCGACGCCGCGUGUAAGGGUAGGACCGCCGGGGCUGGAGAAGUACCCGUCGGACUCGAAGAUAAGGCCGCCGGCUGGAAUCACGCGGCCGCGGCGGCUGUCGGAGACCUACGAAGGUUCGGCGUACGACAUCUUUGGUACGAUGGACGACCAGAAGAGUGGUGAUUUGGGCGUGUUCUCGUCCAUGCCGAGGUUGCCCGCCCGGCGACGGGUGGUCCUUCGUAAGGUUGGCAGCUUGUUCCGGUGGAAGAGCUUCACUAACAAAUAG